UUGCAUACAGAAUUAUUACUUUAUGAUGACACUCAUCCAAUUUACAUGCCACAUAUGUAGAGUGACAAGCUCUAGAUUAUAGAGAUAGUCUUGAAAAAACACAACACAGCAAGCCAAAAAACACACAUAGCUAAGCUACUUGUAGCUUUGUCCUAUCUAAAGAAGCUUCCGUUCUCUCUCCCUCUCUCUCUCUCCAUAUAUAUACACACAGUCAUUUCACUCUCUCUCUCACUUUAAAGCAAGCUCUUCAAGAAUGGCUGACAAUUUUGGUGACCCUUUGAACCGCAUGAUGUUUUCCGGCGAAGAAAUGAUGGGCUUCCAAGAUUCCGCCGGAGAGAUAUUCGCCGCCGGCGACAUGGCCGACGAGUCCCAGAAGAUGCUGUGUUUCGGGGAUUAUGAAAAUAAAUGUGAUUUGACCUUGCCUCUUCAGAGUCAGAUAUCUGAAAUCACAUGCAACAAUAACAAUUCAUCAGCGACUUCUUGUGCAAAUAAUGGCAGAAUCAAAAAAAAGAGAGGUGGUGAUGAGGGUGAUGCUGAGGGGAUGAGCUCCGGCGCCGGAGCUCCGGCGGGGAAACGGAGAGGUGGCAGGAAGAACAAGCCGGAAGGCUCAUCGGGGAAUGUGCAGCAUGCAAGGGCAAGGAAGGGCAAGGAGAAGCUUGGGGACAGAAUCACAGCUUUGCAGCAACUUGUCUCACCGUUUGGCAAGACUGAUACAGCAUCUGUGCUUCACGAAGCAAUGGGAUACAUCAAGUUUCUGCACGAGCAAGUUCAGGUCUUGUGCUCUCCAUAUUUGCAGGCUCCUCUGUCUUCUUCUCAAGCCCAGCUGCAUGAUGGUGUUAAUCUUGGGGGAAACGAGCCUAAGGAUUUAAGGAGCAAGGGUUUAUGUUUGGUUCCCGUGGAGUCAACCUUGCACGUGGCAGACAGUAAUGGCGCUGAUCUUUGGUCACCUGCAGCUGCCAUGGAAAAGAAUGCAGCUCCUAAAAAGUAUUGAUUCUCUAUAGGAUCAGUUUCUUCUUUCUUUUCUGUGAUGAAGUCUCCGGAGUCUUUUGUUUGUACAUGGGUGCCUAGAAUGGUUUUUUAACUGUGGUUUUUAGUUAUAUAUGUACUGCUAUAUAUGCGGUCCCUUAUUGAUUUUUUAUUAAGCAGCGGGAUAGGACUGGUAACUUAAUAAAAGAUACACACAAGUUUCAAACUA